AUGGAAGACGGACUCGACUAUUAUUACACAAGUCCGGCUAAAGAGAAGGAGCAAAAACCUAAUGACAAACUGAUGGUGAUUGUCUCACUCACUAUAAUGUUUGGGAUAUUUAUAUUAAGUGCGAUUGGGUCACUCCAAACGUAUUUUUUUCGAAAUGGUGUCGAGACUGUUGUAGGGUUAAUAGGGUUCCUGUUUUUUGGUGGUGCUGUGUGGUCUUUUUUUAAAACUGCAACGACUAACGCAGGAAGAGUGAAUGGAUACACACCAGUCGCUUCAGUUGAUGAGUUGGAAGCUGCCAAAAAGCGAGUGGAAGAUGGUGUGUUGAAAAACAAGAAAACGUGUGAUAUGAUGUGUAGAGUGAGGUGGUGCCCGAAGUGUGAGUCGUUUCGCCCAUCGAGAUCGUAUCACUGUAAUAAGUGCAAGAUGUGUGUUGAGAGAAGAGAUCAUCAUUGUCCUUGGGUCAAGAAUUGUAUAGGUAAAAACAAUUACAAGUACUUUAUACAGUUUCUUCUUUACACGGAUUUAGCUUUAGUUGUUUCUGUAACAGUCAAUAUAUUUGUUUUAGUCGAUUCAACUAAAAAUAAAACACAAGACGUGUCACUGUAUGCAUUCACAACAAUCACCCCAAGCGCAACUGGACUAGCAUUCUCAGUCUUAUUGCUUCUCUCUAUAACACUUCUCUUAAUAAAUCAUUUAUACAACAUUGGAGCAAAUGUGACUUUAAUGGAAAUUAUUGAAAAGGAACGUCUUCUGUCUUUGAAUACAAAAAUGGAGUCUUUAGUCAAUGAAAGAGUACCCUCAUACGACAGAGGUAUUGCCAAUAAUUUCAAAGAGGUGUUUGGCUCAACAUUUCGCGAGUGGGUUCUCCCUGUCAAACCAAAAAGCAAUGUAUUAGAAGUAUAA